AGGAAACCGAGAGUAACUCCGGAGGUGCAGCGGGCGAGCCGAGGCUAUGGCCACGUUAGCCAGGCUGCAAGCCCGGUCGAAGAGUUUAGCCCAGCAGUACUACUACCGGAACAGUGUUGUGGAUAUAUUUCGAAAAAAGGAGAAUGAUGCAGCAAUUAAAAUCCAGAGCUGGUUUCGAGGAUGUCAAGUUCGAGCAUAUAUCAGGUAUUUACACAGAGCAGCAACAAUUAUUCAGAAACAAUGGAGAGGUUACUUAGGCAGACAACAGUAUCAAGUAAUUGUGAAGUUAGCAUAUUACACUAUGAAGAUGAAUCUCUACAAUGCAAUGGCUGUCAGGAUUCAGAGGCGAUGGCGGGGGUAUAAGAUUCGGAAAUACUGCUUUAAUUAUUAUUAUUUGAAGGAGUACCUGAAAGCUGUUUCUGAGACCAAUGAUGCGAUUAGGGAGGCCCUGGAGGAGUUUGCAGAGAUGAAAGAAAGGGAAGAGAAGAAGGCAGACCUUGAAAGGGAGGAGAAAGAAAGAGAUUACCAGGCUCGAAAGAUGCAUCACCUCCUCAGCACAAAGCAGAUUCCGGGAAUAUAUAAUUCACCGUUCAGAAAAGAUCCUGACCCAUGGGAGCUGAGGCUCCAGAAGGCGAAGCCUCUAACGCACCGAGGCCCUAACAUGAAGCGGAAGCCCUGCGUCAGCCUUAGCAACUGGCUGGCCUGCACCAGCGCCCGGUCCUUUCCUCGGUCUGGAAUUCUGCCCCCUAUUGACCGGAAACGCUGUCAGGGACCGUUCCGCGACAUCUCGGAAGUAUUGGAACAGCGCUACAAGCCUCUGGAACCGACACUGCGAGUGGCAGAACCCAUCGAUGGGCUAACCGAGGCCAGAGCACAGCUCCAGAAGCAGGAAAGUGCGCGAAAUGUGAAUGACAAUAUGUUUUUGCCAUUUUCUUCCUACCAUAAAAACAAAAAAUACGUCCCGACAAUGCAUUUAUCAAGCAAAUAUGGUCCUGAUGCUUAUGGAACUCAACAUUUCCGAGAUGAAAAUCCUAAGAGAUGGAUCUGUAACAAGGAUUUCCAAACUGUAUUGCCAUCGUUUGAUCUCUUCUCAAAGUAUGGCAAAAUGUAUUCAAAAGCCGGACAAAUUGUAUAAAGGUGGAAACGUCUCUUUAAAGACAACAAGACAAAAUGUAAAAAUGAGCUUAUGGUGUGAAGUGUGUUGAAUAGAAGACCCCACUGCAUGGAAUCCCGGAUUCUACUUUGAUGGCGCCUGAAUAACCUUGGCCCACAUCUAUCAGCCUCUGAAGUAUUUCCCAUUCUCUCUCUCUCUCUCUCCUGUCUCUCUCUCUCUCUGUUCUCUCUUCCUCCUUCCCACAUCUGUCCAAAGAAGAAAUUGAAACCAUCUCUGGUUCGUUCAAAACUCUCCAAGUCUAAAAGGAACAUACAAAUGAGGAUCCUACAGAAAAUAUACU